UGGCUGGAAACGAUCUGUCCUUCAUCCCUAAAGGAGCGUUCGCCGGCCUCUACAACCUCAAAGUGCUGUGAGUGAACAUGUUCAGUUUGGCUCCUUUCUGACCUGAAUGGACUGUGAUGAUAAAAAUCAAACCCAACAUAUUCCUGCUUAGAGGUGCCAUUAAAUGUUUGGUUUUCUUUUUUCACUUUUGAGGUUUUCCUCAUAAAAUGUUUUAAUAUUAUUUUUUUUUACUCUUAAAUGUUUGUUUUGGUACUUUUCAUUUGUUUAUGUUCCAGAAUGCUCCAGAACAACCAGCUGAGGUCUGUUCCUGCUGAGGCCUUCAACAGCCUGCACAACCUGCAGUCACUGCGUCUGGAUGCCAAUCACAUCUCCAGCGUCCCGGCCGGCUCCUUCUCCGGCCUGCGCUCGCUGCGCCACCUCUGGCUGGACGACAACGCUCUGACGGAGGUUCCUGCGGCGGCUCUGAGCGAGCUGCCCGCCCUGCAGGCCAUGACGCUCGCCCUGAACCACAUCAACCGUGUUCCUGACCACGCCUUCAGCGCGCUGGGACGCCUGGUGGUGCUGCAUCUCAACAACAAUAGGAUCGUUUCCAUGGGAACCAACUGCUUCCACGGACUCCACAGUUUGGAGACGCUGGAUUUGAACUACAACCAGUUGGUGGAGUUUCCUUCGGCCAUCCGCUCUCUCAAACACCUCAAAGAGCUAGGUUUCCAUAGCAACAACAUCCAGUCCAUCCCUGAGCAUGCCUUCAUAGGGAACCCGUCACUGACCACCAUACUUUUCUACGAUAAUCCGAUCCAGUCUGUCGGACGGACGGCUUUUCAGAACCUGCCGGAGCUUCGCACUUUGUCUCUGAACGGAGCAGCAGAACUCCAAGAGUUCCCGGAUCUGACAGGAACCAGGAGUCUGGAGAGUCUGACCAUCACCGGAGCUCGCAUCACCUCUCUACCUGCUUCAGUGUGUGAACAGCUUCCCAACCUGCAGCUGCUAGACCUCUCCUAUAACCACAUCCAGACCUUGCCCAGUUUCUCCGCCUGUGAGAGUCUUCAGAAGUUAGACCUGCACCACAACGAGGUGGAGGAGCUGCAGGAGAACACCUUCACCGGGCUGAGCGCUCUGCGCUUCCUAGAUCUCUCCUGGAACCGGCUGGCGUCCGUCAAACCCAACAGCUUCUCCGCUCUGCCGGCGCUCAACAAACUGGAUCUGUCGUCCAAUCAGCUGUCGUCUCUGCCUCUGAGCGGUCUGCAGGCGCUGACUCACCUGCGGUUGGCCGGUAACGGUCAGCUGAUGGCGUUGAUUCCGCGUGAGGAGCUGCCGCGGGUCAGGUGGAUGGAGCUUCCCUACGCCUUCCAGUGCUGCGCCUUCACCUCCUGUGAGAGGCAGGCAGGAGGAGGCGUGUCCUGGGAGAAGGAGGAGGCCGUGGAGCCGGCGGGGAGAGACGCUGCUGUCCUCUUCAGUCAAGCAGAACCGGACUGGCAGGACUUCCUGAUGGAGUUUGAGGAUGAACCCAAACCUCAGCACGCCGUCCACUGCAGCCCCACGCCAGGACCGCUGCGGCCGUGUCGCCACCUGCUGGGCAGCUGGAUGAUCCGCGGCGGCGUGUGGCUGAUCGCCGCCGUCUCCCUGAUCAGCAACAGUCUGGUGCUGCUGGCCGUCUUCUUCUCCCCCGCCAGCGUGGUCACGCCCACCAAGCUGCUGAUUGGCCUGCUGGCUCUGGUGAACGGCCUGAUGGGAGUCUGGAGCGGCUGGCUGGCCGUGGUGGACGGCUGGACGUACGGAAGCUUCUGGAGGUUCGGAGCGCGGUGGGAGAGCAGCUUCCUUUGUCCCCUCAGCAGCUUCCUGUGCGUCUUUGCGUCUCAGACCGCACUCUUCCUGCUGACCGUGGCGGCGUUGGAGCGCUGCCUGGCGUCCGGCGUGCGCAGUGGCGGUCGCUCCGGCGCCACGCCGCUCUGGAUCCGCCUGUCCGUCUGUCUGAGCUUCCUGGUGGGCGUGGCCAUCGCGCUGCCCCCUCUGGUGGCCGGAGGCAGCAGCACCUCCUUCUGUCUGCCGCUGCCCUCCUCCUCCUCCUCCUCCUUGGCGUUCUCCGUCUCGCUGGUCCUCUUCGACUCGCUCUGCUUCCUCCUCAUGACGGUCGCCUUCACCCGUUUCUACUGUCAGAGCAGCAAAGCCGCGGCGGCGUGUGACGAGGAGGCGGCGCUGACCCGACACCUGGCCUGGCUGCUGUUCUCCGACUGCCUCCUCUACCUCCCCGUCGCCUUCCUCUCCUUCUCCUCGCUCCUGCGGCUCCCCGCCGUGGGGCCGGAGGCGGCAAAGGCGCUGCUGCUGCUGGUGGCGCCGCUGCCGGCCUGCGUCAACCCCCUCCUCUACCUCCUCUUCACCCCGCUCGCCAGGGAGGAGCUGACGGCGCUCGCCAAGCGCGCCUGCGGAGGCGCGGCGCCGUCCAGGCUGCAGAGACGGGCGGCGGCGAGAGGAAGCACGCUGGAUUCAGACGACGACGAGGAUGCAGAGAAACAGUCGUGCGACUCCACGCAGGUGCUGGUGGAACAUUUGAAGGAGGAGGAGUCAGGAGGAGGAGGAGGAGGAGGAGGAGGAGAAGGAGGAGGAAGAGGCCUUCAUCACUGAACUGAAAGAGCGGCAGAGUCUGAUCCAACGACCCAUCCAGACUUUACAGCUGCAGCUGCGACUGCGACUGCGGAUCAGUCAAGAGGAACGAGAAGCUUCACUGAUGGAGACGUCAAAUCCCGUCAAAACAAACGUCUGAAAAACAAACAUCUAAUCAUCAAUGAUCAAACACAGAGGUGGGAGGAUCAUGAUGUGGGCUGGAACGCUGAGAAAGCACAAAAACAAAUCUGCUCCCCACUAUUUCAAUUCAAGUCAUUUAGUAGCAGAGAACUCAAAUCUAAAUAAAAAAACUUUAAAAUGUUUAAAUCCUCAGGAAAGGUCAGAGGUCACACGGAGGUUAUGUAAGGAAACCACCAGAACCACAACUUUAAAACGUGUCAAAGUUACGGCCCGGGGGCCGGAUCCGGCCCUCCUGGUGAUUCUAUCCGGCCCUCCAGAUCAUUUUAUUGUUAUUAAUGACCCGAUGUUAUCUUGAGCUCAUUUCUAACUUGUAUAAUUUUGACAAA